AUAAAUUUCUAACUCCAUUCCAUUAUUUUCUCCUAGGGUUUCAGGACCACCGCCAAGAUGCAGAUCUUCGUCAAAACCCUAACUGGGAAGACCAUCACUCUCGAGGUCGAGAGCAGCGACACCAUCGACAACGUCAAGGCCAAGAUCCAGGACAAAGAAGGGAUCCCUCCGGAUCAGCAGAGGCUCAUCUUUGCAGGGAAGCAGCUCGAGGAUGGGAGGACUCUCGCUGAUUACAACAUCCAGAAGGAGUCCACAUUGCAUUUGGUGCUGAGGCUGAGGGGUGGCAUCAUUGAGCCCUCUCUUAUGGCUCUUGCGAGGAAGUAUAAUCAAGAUAAGAUGAUCUGCAGGAAGUGCUAUGCAAGGCUUCAUCCCAGGGCUGUUAACUGCCGAAAGAAGAAGUGUGGUCACAGCAACCAGUUGAGGCCCAAGAAGAAGAUCAAGUAGACUAAUUAUCUGCUUGUUUGCCUUUUUUUCAGUCUGUUACUGCUGCUUUAGUUCACCUGUUAUAUGCCUUUUGCAUAACAAAGUAACUGCUGUUUUUCCAGUGAUGUUGAACAAUAACUUUUGCUUGUAUUAUCAGAUUAUAUUAGCUCUUUUGGUCUUUUGAGUUUUAUAUUACAUUUUAUUUGCAGAGAUUAUGGGUUAGUAAGAUAAAACUUUUACA